UUUUUUUUUUUUUUUUUUUUUUUUCUUUUAUUGUACAUUAUAAUGUCAAUAAAAAAUGAAAUAAUGUAUGACAGAAAUGAAGGGACUACAAGUCAAAUUAAAAGGAUUUUAACUUCAUUCCUAACACGCUUUUUGACAGUGUUGACUAUCUUAACGAGUGCAGUGUUACUCACAUACAUACUUGGUUAUAUAACAUUUGGAUUCAAUAGAGAUGUAAGCCUUCUUAGGGUAAUAUAAGUCAUUCGUAUUU